AUCUGGGUCAACCACGUUUGACCAGCGCAAACGACAACAUUAGGGCUGUUUCAGUAAUUAAGUAGUCGCGGCCCCACCUUAAUGUUUCUUGUGUCCGGUUAAAAUCAUGUAUUUCCCAAGACCUAUUUAAAAACCUUCGGCUCUGUCUUUCAUGUUGUUGUGGUCCGGGCAACCAGAUUCAUUACAUUACCCUCUUAUAUAUAACUUGUUACCUAGGUUUUCCUUCGUCCUUUAUCUCUCAAGAGAGAGUGAUUCAUCAGGGAUAUGAGAACAAGGAGAGGGGCGUCUUAUUCUGGCCUUGUCCCAAGGAUGUGCUCCCUCGCAAAGACAAACAAGGAUCUCCACAUGCAUAUGCAUAUGCACAUGCACAUGCAUGUCCGCACCGGAGACUCUCUUAUGCAUAUCCAUAGCCGGAAGAGGCUCAAGAAAACGCCGGAAAAACCCGCCGGAGAUUAUGAUUUUUUUGACUCUUUACCCGACGACCUUGUUAUCUCUAUUUUCUGCAAGCUUAGUUCCACCGCCGCUUCUCCCUCGGAUUUCGUCAAUGUUUUAAUCACGUGUAAAAGAUUAAACAGAUUAGGGCUUCAUUCGCUUGUGUUAUCAAAAGCCUCGCCCAGAACUUUCUCUGUUAGAGCCAAAGAUUGGUGCGAUUCCGCACACCGUUUCCUCAAACACUGUGCCGAUGCGGGAAAUGUUGAAGCCUGUUACACUUUAGGCAUGAUUCGCUUCUACUGUUUGCAAAACCGAGGCAGCGGCGCCUCCUUGAUGGCCAAGGCCGCGAUUAACUCCCACGCGCGGGCGCUCUACUCGCUCGCGGUGAUUCAGUUCAACGGCAGCGGCGGGACCAAGAGCGACAAGGACCUACGCGCCGGCGUGGCGCUCUGCGCCAGAGCGGCGUUUCUCGGCCACGUCGACGCGCUGCGCGAGCUCGGCCACUGCCUGCAGGACGGUUACGGCGUGCGGCAGAACAUCUCCGAGGGGCGCCGCUUCCUCGUGCAGGCCAACGCGCGGGAGCUCGCCGCCGUGAUGUCCACCGGCGCCGCCGCGCGCCACUGGCUGACCUGCUUGAGGCUCUGUUCGCACGCCGGGUGCGGGAGGCCGGAGACGAGGAAGCACGAGUUUCGACGGUGCUCUGUGUGUGGCGCGGUGAAUUAUUGCUCGCGCGCGUGCCAGGCUCUUGAUUGGAAGUUCCGCCACAAGAAGGAGUGCGCCCCCGUAGAGCGGUGGCUCGACGAGGACGGCGAAGAUGUCGGUGGCGGCGAUGAUAGCGACGGCGAGGUAAUGGUGGAUAGUUAGCCAAUUUUUCUCAAUGUAACCGUGACCUAACGGUAACGGUAACGGUAACGGAAGUCACUUUGGACGGAAAAAAUGAAUCUAUUUUUGGUGAAGAGAGAGAAAAAGAAAAUUUGCAUAAGAUUUAUUCGGCCGUCUCAAAAAAGGUAGAGAGUAUAUGGCUUCCUUCUUUUUUCCCUGUAUAGUGCGAAAAUUCUCCGAAAAAACGAGAGGAGAUUAAUUUUUUUUUUUUUUUUUACCCCUUGUAAUUUCAGAGUUUAACGUUAAUUAGAAAUUCAAUGGUAAGAGGUUAUAAUCUUUGUUAUUAAUUUAA